CCGGCCAGCGAGCCUGCAUGAGGUUGAUGCUGCUGUGCUGCACCUGGAGGGACGAGCCUAUGGGAGAGGACGAAGGGACCGACCUGCCAGUGUGUGCGAGCUGCGGGCAGGGCAUCUACGAUGGGCAGUACCUGCAGGCACUGAAGGCUGACUGGCACGCUGACUGCUUCAGGUGCUGUGAGUGCGGGGCCUCCCUGUCCCACCAGUACUAUGAGAAGGAUGGGCGCCUGUACUGCAAGAAGGAUUACUGGGCACGCUUUGGGGAGCUGUGCCAUGGCUGCUCCGAGCAGAUCACCAAGGGGCUGGUCAUGGUGGCUGGGGAGCAGAAGUACCACCCCGAGUGCUUCAGCUGCCUCAACUGCCGCGCCUUCAUCGGGGACGGGGACACCUACGCGCUGGUGGAGCGCUCCAAGCUCUACUGCGGCCACUGCUACUACCAGAUGGUGGUGACCCCGGUGAUCGAGCAGAUCCUGCCCGACUCGCCGGCCUCCCGCAUCCCUCACACCGUCACCCUCGUGUCCAUCCCCGCCUGCUCCGACGGCAAGCGCGGCUUCUCCGUCUCCAUCGACCAGGGCUGCGGCAGCGAGCAUCCCCGCACCGUGCGCGUCCGAGAGGUGGACCCGGACUGCAUCAGCCCUGACAUGAAGAACUCCAUCCACGUUGGUGACCGCAUCCUGGAGAUCAACGGGACCCCCAUUGGCCACGUCCCCCUGGACGAGAUCGACCUGCUGAUCCAGGAAACGAGCCGCCUGCUGCAGCUGACCAUCGAGCAUGACCCCCACGAGCCCCUGGGCCGGGAGCCAGGGCUGGCGGGCAGCCCCCUGCCCGCCCCGUGCAGCCCCCUGCGCUCGCCAGCUCCCGUGCCCUGCGGGGACCCCGCUGCCACGCGCCAGCGUGCUGUCACGAGGAGCUGCAGCACGGACAAGUCCCCGGGCUCGGGCUCCGUGGGCUCCCCCGCGUCCCAGCGCAAGGACAUCGGGCGCUCCGAGUCCCUGCGCGUCGUGUCCCGCACCCACCGCAUCUUCCGCCCCUCCGACCUCAUCCACGGAGAGGUGCUGGGCAAGGGCUGCUUCGGCCAGGCCAUCAAGGUGACGCAUCGGGAGACGGGCGAGGUGAUGGUGAUGAAGGAGCUGAUCCGCUUUGACGAGGAGACUCAGAGGACCUUCCUCAAAGAGGUGAAGGUGAUGCGCUGCCUGGAGCACCCCAAUGUGCUCAAGUUCAUCGGGGUGCUCUACAAGGAGAAGAGGCUCAACUUCAUCACAGAGUACAUCAAAGGGGGCACCUUGAGGAGCCUCAUCAAGAGCAUGGACAGCCACUACCCCUGGAGCCAGCGGGUCAGCUUCGCCAAGGACAUCGCUGCUGGCAUGGCCUACCUCCACUCCAUGAACAUCAUCCACCGUGACCUCAACUCUCACAACUGCCUCGUGCGGGAGAACAAGAGUGUGGUGGUGGCUGACUUUGGGCUGGCUCGGCUGAUGGUGGAUGAGAAGAAUCAGCCCGAACAUCUCAAGAACCUGAAGAAACCGGACCGCAAGAAACGCUACACGGUGGUGGGGAACCCUUACUGGAUGGCCCCCGAGAUGAUCAAUGGGAGGAGCUACGAUGAGAAGGUGGACAUCUUCUCCUUCGGCAUCGUCCUGUGCGAGAUCAUUGGCCGGGUGAGCGCCGACCCCGAUUACCUGCCCCGCACCACCGACUUCGGCCUCAACGUGCGGGGCUUCCUGGAGCGCUACUGCCCCCCUGCCUGCCCCCCCAGCUUCUUCCCCAUCGCCGUCUGCUGCUGCGACCUGGACGCCGAGAAGCGGCCGUCCUUCGCCAAGCUGGAGCAGUGGCUGGAGACGCUGCGCAUGCAUCUGGAGAUCCACCUGCCGCUGAGCUCGCAGCUGGAGCAGCUGGACCGAGCCUUCGGGGAGGCGCACCGGCGGGAGGGGGCCCCGCCCGCGCCCCCGCGGUAG